GCAAUAGUUGUCAAGAAGCCUUGGGCUGCCAUGCUGGUGAGUGGCGAAAAGGUUUGGGAGUUACGUGGCAAGCGAACUGGUCACAGAGGCCGCGUGGCAAUUGCAGAAAGUGGAACUGGCGCCCUCAUUGGUGAAUGCGUGCUGAUAGACUGCAAGCCUGUGGGGCAUCGCGGCCCAGGUGAGGCACUGGUCCCACCGCAACUUCACCCAGAGAACUUUCUCGGAUUGCCCCAGAAUGUAGACCGGCACCGCGUGAACAACUUCAACGAAGUUCCCUACCACCAAGUCUGGGCCUACGUCAUGAGCAAGCCCAUCAAGUAUGUGUAUCCCAUACCCUACGCGCACCCGCGCGGAGCCGUUACGUGGGUGAAAUUAGCAAGCACCGGUUUGCAGACCGACACAUCAAAGACUACCCGGAAGGCGCCCACAGUCAAGACAGCGCUGCCCAAGACCUCCAAACAGAAGUGA